UUUCUUUGGUGAUCUUACAGGACGGUGAAAUUCUUUGUUCAGACUGGAAGAUGGAAAGAGAUGGAGAUUCAGGAAGACUGCUUAGCCAGAAGCCAAGCAACGUGCAUAUCAUCCAUGAUGGACUUGUGCACACUGUACAGAGGUCCCCGUUUUUCAAAGACAUAAUUCUCACAGUUGGAGGCUGGAAUUUUGCAAUCUGGAAAGAAGGCGUUACGAGUGGACCACUGCUUGAGUCAAGCUGCACAGCCAAGAGAUACACUGCUGGGCACUGGUCCUUAUCAAGACCAGGCGUUUUUUUCAUUGGAAGAGAGGAUGGAAAUGUUGACAUUUGGGACCUCCUGGAGAAAACUCAUGAGCCAUCUCAGACCCAAAAUGUCUGCAUCACAGUGAUUACUUACAUCAAGCCCUGGUUUUACUCUUCAAAGCAACACUUUCUCGCUGUAUCGGAUGACUUUGGUACUCUACACAUUUUAGAAAUUUCUUGGACAUUAAGCCAUCCUUCCAGCAAUGAGCGUUCCAGCGUUCUUUAUUACUUUGAGAGAGAAGUCAACCACCUGACGUUUCGUGAGCAGCGGAAAGAAUUCAGAGAGCAAGAAAGAGUGGCCCUGGAGCAUGAAAAAACAUUGAGGAAAAUGAAACCACCUGGUGGUCAAAGAUCGAGAGAAUUAAUGGAAGAAAAGACCAAUCAAGACUAUACUGAUUAUUUGGAACUAGAAAAGUCUGUUCUUGCACGACUUGGAACACUGAAGGGACCAGAUAAACAUAGCCUAUCAAGAAUUGGUUAAAUGUAUGACUAACUCUUCUUGUAUUCAGUCUUCCACAAUAUAUUUAGCAUUACUGUGAUCCAUAGACAAGUGAAGGGGACAGUCAUUUGAAAUACUGGUUUAGGAAUCUACAAGGAGACAAUACUCACUGCCCAAAAAGCAACUGCUCUUCCCCCUUGUUAGCAGUUUUACAUUGUUCCACAUUGGGGAUGGCCUAAAAUCUCAAAUAAAAGAGGGAGCUGUAUGUUGUUCUUCAUUACUUUGCAACAGGUGCUAUAAAUGUAUAUGUAGGAAAUAGUUAAUGUGUUAUUCAGUUGUGUAUUCAUAAUAAAAGCAAACCAUUUUA